AUGUCCUAUCCUCCGCAGCAACCCCACGGAUACCCCCAGCCGGCAUACGGCGGUGAUGGCUACCAGCAGGGCUACCCCCCUCAAGGCGGAUACCCCCCGCAAGGAUACCCGCCCCAGGGCUAUCCUCCCCAGCAGCAGAACAUGGGCUACGCUCCUCAGCAGCAGCAACAAGUUCCUCAACAAGAGCAGAAGUCUAGUGAUAAGGGAUGCCUCAUGAGCUGUCUGGCCCUGAAUUCGGAGCGCGAGGACAGUGAGGUCCUCAAGCCUUGUGAUAUCUUCGAUCUAAUCGGAGGUACCAGUACAGGAGGACUGAUUGCCAUAAUGCUAGGACGGCUGGAAAUGGGUGUCGAAGAGUGCAUCCUCGCAUAUACCGAAUUGAUGCAAUCGGUCUUCAGCGAGAAAAUCAACAAUAUUCCAGUUGACUGGUCUGGAAAUAUUGUAUCACAAUACGACAGCAAGAAGCUCAAAAAGGCCAUUGAAAAUGUCAUCACGCGUGCUGGGUCAUCGCCAACCGACCUGAUGAAUGACGGGAAGCCCCGUCGCUCUAAAACCUUUGUAUGCACAACCUCCAAAGAUACAUUUCAAGUCACACGUCUUCGAAGCUAUCCUGUGCCAAACGAUAUUGCUUUACCCGCGACGAUUUGUGAAGCGGCAUUGGCAACGUCGGCUGCGACCAGAUUUUUUGAUUCGGUUACGAUCGGCAAUCACCAAUUUGUGGAUGGUGCAUUUGGUGCCAACAAUCCAAUUGAGGAAGUAGAAGAAGAAGCGGCCGAUAUCUGGUGCACCACAAGCCGGGCCGUGAAACCAUUAGUGAAAUGUUUGAUUUCCGUUGGAACUGGCAAUCCCGCACAACUCCCCAUGAAUGACAAUGUGCUCAAGUUUCUUUCAAAGACACUAGUCAGAAUGGCUACUAAGCCGGAGAGUACAGAGCGUCGCUUCAUGGCUCGAUGGAGUAAUGAGGUAAAGGGAAAACGUUACUUUCGUUUUAGCGUCGAACAAGGACUGCAGCAAGUUCACAUGACCGAGUUUGAGAAACAAAGUGUCAUUGAGUCUGCGACAUAUGCCUAUCUGCAUCAUUCCUCUCAAAAGGUCCGAGUUCGUGAUUGCAUUUUGAAUCUUUCAGCAAAGUCAGGUAGGACUUCAACACGAGUAACUCCUACUGUUGUGAUGAGAUGCUUACAGCUCGCAGGAAAGACUAGCAUUGACUUUGAAACAACCAUACGUGAACACGGAGCACGACUUUCUCGCCAUCGAAUCCUGCAAACCCUGCGUUCGUCAGACAGCCAGUUUUACCACAAAAACACCGCUGGCUGGCUUGUUCCUUUUGAGAGGAAUUCUCGCUAUGUCGACCGUGAAUUUGUGGGCAAAAUUAAACACAAAUUAUUUAUCAACAACAGAGCCGAAAGGAUUGCUAUCUUUGGACUUGGGGGAAUAGGCAAGACACAAAUUGCCCUGGAGAUUGCCUAUCAAACAAGGGAGCUCUAUCCAGAUUGUGCCAUCUUCUGGCUCCCAGCUGUUGAUAUGGAAAGUCUUCAACAUGCAUAUCAGAUGGUGGCUGAUCAGCUUGGAAUCGACUUCGAUAACACGAAAUCAUCGAAGGAGGAUGUGAAGAGCCUUGUCAAGGCUCACCUAAGCAACCCCAGUGCUGGGCGAUGGCUGUUGAUUUUCGACAACGCUGAUGAGAUUGAUAUGUGGAUUGAAAGCAGUGAGUCACCGAAUGAAGGGCUGAGGGAUUGCCUUCCCACAAGUGACCAAGGCGCCGUUGUCUUUACCACUCGAAGUAACAGAGUGGCCCAGUACCUUGCCGCAACAGACGUGAUUCAAAUUCCCGAAAUGGACGAAAAAAAAGCUACUCGUGUCUUGCGGAACUCCUUGAUUGACAAAGAGCUUCUUUGCGACACCGAGACUACCCGGAAGCUUCUCAGUCGGUUGACAUAUCUUCCUUUGGCUAUUGUGCAAGCAGCUUCUUUUAUCAACCAGAACGGAAUCACAUUCACCGGUUAUGUUGAGCUUUUGGAUGGGCAGGAGCAGAACGCCAUUGAUGUACUUAGCGAGGACUUCGAGGAUAAAGGUCGAUACAAAAGCAUUCGCAACCCUGUCGCCACUACAUGGCUUACAUCCUUUGAGCAAAUUCAGCGGCAAAAUUCCCUUGCUACCGAUUAUCUCUGCUUCAUGGCCUGCAUUCAAGAAAGGGAUAUACUGGUUUCGCUUCUCCCUCGGGCACCAAAUGUUGAACAGCAAAAAGCGAUCGGCUUGCUUAGCUCUUACUCUUUCGUACGCGUGACGCAUGAAGGAUCUCGUCUCGAUAUGCAUCGUUUAGUUCAUCUUGCAACAAGAAAUUGGCUCCAGUCAAUCAAUUCCCUGCGAAAAUGGCAAUUAGAUGUGCUGCAGGGGUUGGAUAUUCGCUUUCCCAAUACUCACGUGACGAAUCGGACUCAAUGGCGAGCAGCAGUGCCUCAUGCACUCCAGGUCCUUGCCCUCACUGCAAGAGAAGAUCCCGUUUUCUAUAGAGUCGGUCUCUUAUGCAAGGUAGCCACAUGUCAAAUGGGCGACGGAAGACGCAAACAAGCCGAGGAGCUUUUCAGCGAAAUGGUUAAAACCUCGGAAACAUUGUUUGGCCCUGAACAUGCAUGGACUAUUGUGGGUCUUUCCGGACUAGCAAAUAGCUACUCGGGCCAAGGAAAGUCAGAGAAAGCAAUCAAACUCUGCAAGCGGAUACUGGAGAUGCAGGAAAGACUUCAAGGCCCAGAAAGCAUUGAAGCCACAAGAGGUCUUUUCCAGUUAACGGCUGCAUACCGCGAUGCUCGCGACUACAAGAAGGCUCAAGAGCUUUGCAGGAAAGUCAUCCCACGCUACAUAAAAUCAGUUGGUCCGAACUCUUGGGAGACAUUGGAUGCUAUCUAUGUUUUGAUGUCGGACUACUUCAUGCAUGGACGGCUCUCCGAUGCGUUAGAGCUGUCUAUUCAAUCAUUACGUAUCCACAAACAGAGCCUAGGAUUGGAAGAUCCCCGAACAGUUGGGGUCAUGUCUACGAUGGCCAUCAUAUACAUACACCUAUGGCGGCUAGCAGAGGCCGAAUCCUUGUUAACAGAAGCAGUCGAGAUCCACAAACGCAUGUUUGGAAGUGAACACCCUGAAACUAUCCACCUUAUGUCAUGGCUAGCUGUGACAUGGAAUUCUCAAGGUCGAUAUAAAGAAGCCGUUGCCUUGAGAACAGAGUGUCUUCGUUUCAGUGCGCAGUACUUUGGCUUGGAUCAUGAAUAUACCCAGGCUCACUACUCAGCCUUGGAUGCGUGGACUAGUUCGAAGUAA